UGUGGAGUGGUUGAUCGAUUUAAAUAUUAGUUUGUUUAUUCAAACACACGGCGAAGCCACUGGGACAUAGCAUUCACGUCUUUCAUUUCGCUGGCACUGAAGCCGUGCACGUUGGGUGGGCGCUGGCGCUUGGCGUUGGUUUCAUCGCCACCGCCGCUGCUGCCCGUCGCAGCAUUGGUCGGCGAAAAGAGGCCGUAUGGAGGAGGCGCGGCGCCGCCUUGAAGGCUUGGAGCCGCGCUGUCUGACGUCGUGUCUAGUGUACGCUUGAUGGCCAUGACGAGGAUGGAAGUCCACGUGUGGUGAGAUUUCGCUAAAUAAGGAAGGGCGCCGUUGGAUCGUGGACGGUAAAGUUGGUACAACGGUCGACGGUUUCACCGGUCGCACUGUCGCCGCCGUUUGCCAACAACUUACCGAGGUCAUGGUGCGGGCGGAAAGCAAUGACGAGCGUGGAUGGGUGUGCCAUCUCUGCACCAAGAUCAACCGUACGGACGAGUCAUUCAAAUGCGUGUGCUGUGGACGCCCGCGAGACUACGUCACCAAGAGUGUUGCUAACCCCAACGUCGCCAAGGACCUGAUGCUGCAUGGGGAUCUUUCCACCGUCACACGUCCCGAGCAAGUUCACGCGAUGGUGCGCGAUGGCGUGCUGGCUAACACGACAAGCAUGGAUGGACUGACAGGCUUGCACUGCGCCGCACUCCAUGGCCAAGCUGCCAUCGUGCGUGCGCUUCUCCAAGAAGGAGCCGACAUCGAGCGCCCUGCGCCGGACGGCCGAAGGGCAAUCCACUUUGCGGCCGAGUCUGGCGACGCCCCAACAGUUCAAGAGCUCUUGUCGUGGAAAGCCCAAGUCAAUGUCCAGUCAACUGCACAUGGAUGGACGCCGCUGCACGUUGCUUGUUCAAGAGGUCACGCGGGCGUCGUUGAAGUGCUCAUGCGCGGUGGCGCCACCGCCACCAUCUCCACUGUCCAUAUGCACCAAACGCCACUGCACUUUGCAGCUGAGCUGGGCCACGUCAAGUGUGUGGAAGUGCUGCUCCAACACUCGGACGAGGUUUUGCUCAAGUGCGUCGACCGAAGCGGCGCGACUGCCAUCCAAGUCGCCCAGUUUGCCCAUCAAGCAGUGGUGUACGAGCUGUUGUACCUUCAUCAAAGCGACAGCGUGCUCCACGAUCGCAUGCUCGACAUGCUCUUGACCACCACGGGCAGUGCUCCACUCGUGUUGAGAUAGCAUGGUCUCCUUCCUGGUGAAAAAACUCAAUUCACUACGGCUUCAACGCCGUCACUACGUAAUCGUAACCGAACUCAAACGACCCGUCCUUCGUUGCGUCCACAGCUUGCUUGUCCAAGUUCGCCAAGUAACUCUCCAUGCUCUUGGCCACGCUCUGGUCCAAGAAGAGCGACAGCUUGUUGCGACCGACGGCAAUUUGCCGCAUGAUCAUCGACGCCGAGUACUUGUUCGCGAACGUCGUGUGGGACUCCACGUAAAAACCUGCUUGCACAGCUUGACGCAAGAUCCAAUCCAAAGGAAAUUCGCGGUACGGGCGGUGGCCGGCUAGAAGAAUGCAUGCAUCGCGCACGCGUUGCAUCUCGAGCACGAGCUUCUCCUGGUUACUUUUCGUCUUGGACGGGUCCAAGCUCAUCAUGAUGGGUUGCAAACCGACAAUGUAUAGUCGGCCGCCGUCAGCUACAUGGGGAAAGAGGCGGUGAAAGAUCUGGUCUUGGUAGUACGGUGCGUGGCCUUCGAUGGCUCCCACGAGGUAGUCCGCAAUGACCACGUCAAACACUUGGCCUUCCAAGAAGGAGGGAUUGUUCCAAUUCCCUGCGAGGAUUUCGAUGUGCUUUUCGGGGAACGUCUUGCGCAGUGAUACCGAGCGCGCUAUGUCGCCCGUGACCGCCACGAUCGAAUCAAUGGGGAGCGACUUGAGCCAGUUCAACGAAUGGUCGCCUGUGCCUGCAUCCAGCACUCGUCCCCAUGAUGUAGCACAAUUGGGGGCGUGGCGCUCUUGCUCCUUGAGCUCAAUGGACCGAAACAAGCGAUCGGUCGUGGCCAUGGCGGUCGGAGCUGUGCACACGCUUCGCGAGAUCGCCCAAGAGGUGCUCACAUAAUUUGCCACCAAUGCAAGCCCCACUUUGCCUCCCGUCAUUGGCCCAAAAAGACCCAUGUUUGCCCCACCUCGGAAAUCUUCGACUGCCAACUUCGAAUUGUUUUUUUGCGAUUUCACAACGACA